AAACCGUCCAGCUGAUGACUGUCAUGACAAACCACAUUUCUGUCCAAAAACACCCCCAGCAAGGCAAAACACGGCAAAGACACUGAAGAAAGUCUACAAAAACUAUUUAAAAAAAAAAUGCACGGCAGGGUCAAGGUCAAAUCCACCGCCCAGCAAGAGGAGGAGAAAAGAAAGGAACGCGAGAAGAAACUGAAGAUAUACAUUGCUGCAAGGGAUGCCUGUUUUUCCAAGAGGAAGGAGGGCGUGUGCGAUGAAGAGGCUCUCCACCUGACCCAGCAGAUACUAUCCUCGAAUCCUGAUUUUGCAACCCUGUGGAAUUACAGAAGAGAGAUUCUCACACACCAGGAAACGUUGAAGGAUGACGAUGAAGUGCAAAAGAUGUACCAGGCCGAGCUGUCCUUUCUGGAGUCCUGCCUGAAAGUGAACCCAAAGUCUUACGGCAGCUGGCACCAUCGAAGCUGGGUAUCGGAACGUGCGCCUGAAAUGGAUUGGGCCCGGGAGCUAAGCCUGUGCGACCGCUGCCUCGGCCUCGAUGACCGCAACUUCCACUGCUGGGAUUACCGCCGGAUCGUUGUCAAGAAAUCGGCCGUUCCCGUGGAAAAGGAGUUGGAGUUUACGCAUCGUCUGAUUGGCUCCAACUUUUCCAACUACUCCAGCUGGCAUUACCGCAGCACACUCCUGCCAUUGCUCCACCCGGAGUCUCCUGAACCCACCUCGUCUUGUUCCUCUCCGCCCUCACCGCAAACCCACUCGCAUCGCGUCUGUGAAGAACAGCUGCUCAAAGAAUAUGAGCUCGUGCAGAACGCUUUCUUCACCGACCCCAACGACCAGAGCGCUUGGUUCUAUUACCGUUGGUUGCUGGGCCGAGCUGAACGUGAAGAGAUGAUAAGCUGCGUUUAUAUCAGCCGGGACGAGGAGAGGGUGGCCGUCGCCUUCUCAAGGCCGGUCAAUGCUCAGUCUGGUGGUCUUCUACUCGUGCUUGACGGUCAGCCACAGAAGGUGGGAUGGAGGACUGUCCAUCCACGUUUCAAACACAGUCCUGUCUGGAUAUGUGAUCUUCCUCCUGGAUCCAUCAGCGACCUCGCAAAUGAGCACAAUUUGACGGUGCACUGGUCUGAAAAAUACAUUCAUAGAGACUGUGCGCUGUACACAGGUCGAACUGAGAGUUGGUGUCGUGACUCUGCCACUGAUCAGGAACUGUUCAGGAGCGAGCUUUCUGUGGAGAAGAGCUCUGUGCUGCAGUCUGAGCUACAAUCAUGUAAACAGCUACAAGAACUGGAGCCACUCAAUAAGUGGUGCUUGCUGACUAUCAUCCUGCUGAUGAGGGCGCUAGAUCCCCUCGGAUACGAGAAGGAGACUCUUGCUCAUUUCCAAACUCUCAAAGAAGUGGACUCAAUGCGCUCAGCCUACUACAGCGACCUGUGCAGCAAGUUCAUGAUCGAAAACACCAUUUUGAAAAUGGAGUACGCUGAAGUGCGCGUCUUCAGUGUCGCUGACAAGAACCUGACCAUGUUGUGCCAUUUAGACCAGCUGCUCCUCGUUACCCAUAUCAACCUGUCCUCCAACCAGCUGCGGCUAAUUCCUGCUCACUUCGCCAUGUUGCAGUGCCUGGAGGUAUUGGAGGCUGAUGAUAACGCCAUAGAACACCUUGAAGGAGUCUGCUGCCUUCCCAAACUGGAGGAGGUCCUCUUGAAGAAUAACAAAAUCUCCACAUUGGCAGCUCUGCGGCCGCUCACAUCCUGCCCCAAGCUGCGGCGCCUGGAUCUCCGUGGCAACCCCGUCGCUCAGGCGGCCGGCGUGGAGUCGGAGCUGUCCGAGCUGCUGCCUACCGUCACAUGUCUGCUGCUGUGACGAGGGGCGGUAGUCGGGAGCCGUCACUCAAAAGCGUUGCCGCCGACAGCGCCGGGCAGUUUGCGAAGGAGUGAGUGGAUGUUUUUUUUCCAAGCGUGUUGUCACUUCCACUUGUUUGGUAGAAAUUCAAUCAAAACAGCCUCCACACGUCUCAAUGCCUCUGAAGGUGUAUAUCAAGACCACUUUAAUGAAAAGUCUAUUUGUUGUUUGUGUGUGUGUGUGUGUGUGUGUGCGUGCGCGUAUGAGUCACUGUUGCAUUUCUGAAAAUGUGCGUCUGAAUGAAGGUCUCGUAAUACCUCCAAAUGCAUGCUGAAACCCUCCUCCCCAAUCACGGAUGUAAUUGACUGUAUGUGGGUGCAUCAGUGUGGUCGUGGUUUUAUAAGCUUUAAAAUAAUUUGAAGCAACCAUAAGAACACAGAAUGGAGCAGACCUAAUUCUGCAGCCAGAUCAUGAUUGACAGUUAAUCCUUGGGCCAUACUCGAGUGACUCAAAGCUUUUUUUUGAAUGCAAUCAUGGAUAAAUACACAGACAAGGGGCUGGUUGUUUUUCCCCUGGGCCUGCGAUAGUCGUGAAUCUAUGAAUUUACAUCAGUGCGUUUGUUAAAGGGGAUCCGCACUCUUUUUUUAGGAAUUUUGCUUAUCAUUCACAGUCCCUAUAUGAGACAAGAACACACGUCUUUCUCUUUUCUCUGUGUUAUAAAUCAUAAAAUACUGAUAGCAAGAGGAUAACAAUGAAGGUCAUAGGAUACGAUCUAUUUUGCUUUAAGCCCUUUAAAACAUCCAUUAAUGUUUUAUAUACAUGCUGUAAGUAUGUACUGUACUAAAAGGUACAUUUAUGAUAUGUAAUAUUUGCAGUCUUUUUGUCAAUUUAAGCAUCAUUGAAAUGUCUUUGCUAUGAUUUCAAAGAUGCUCAGCAACGCAAUUUCCGUCCACCAAAAACAACUACAGUUGUCUCUUGUUUUUCGCAUUAAUUGGGACCGUACAUGACCGCGAUAAACGGCUUUACGAGACGUUUUGAUAAU